UGACGUAGUUGGAGCCGAAACAUCUCCGAUUGCUUAUGUACUACCUACGCCCAGUGUACGCCGCGUCGAUCCUCUAGUAGGCGUCUCGCAUUUACCUAUUGCAAGAACAACGACAGAAGGACCAAAAUCAAGAAGAAUAAUGACUUGGCUUUCGAAUGUUAAGCGAUUACAUCGCAAUAAUGUCUCGACUCUGCGCAGCUCCCCGCUCGCCGAGAUAUCAGGCGCACUUGGUGAUUUAGGGACCCUCCUCCCGCUGAUGAUCACCCUCGCUGUCAACGGGUCAAUCUCGCUUUCAACGACACUGGUAUUUUCGGGGUUUUACAAUCUCGCGACCGGUGUCGUAUUUGGUAUUCCCUUACCAGUACAGCCUAUGAAGGCUAUCGCGGCAGCCGCUAUAGCCUCAAAGACCUCAGAACGCGAAACCGUAGCAGCAGGUAGUGUAGUGGCUAUCAUUGUGCUGCUGUUAAGCAUCACAGGGCUACUGCGCUGGAUCACACGCAUAAUCCCUAUUCCGGUCGUGAAGGGCAUUCAGUUCGGUGCCGGCCUCUCUCUAAUUAUCUCGGCGGGCAGCUCCCUGCUCCAACCUUUUACCCAUCAUUGGACACUUGCCCUCGAUAAUCUUGUUUGGGCCUUUGCCGCCUUUUUGCUACUGAUUCUAACCCAGAGGGCGUCCCGAUUCCCGUAUGCGCUAAUCAUCUUCCUCGUCGGCUUGAUCCUUGCUAUCAUCUCCGUUGCCGUUAGCCACCACCACCACUUACCGCAUUUCCGUGUCUGGCAUCCAUAUGUCGAAAUUCCGAAGUGGAGUGCGGAUGCUGUAGGGAUGGGUAUCGCACAGUUGCCGCUCACAACACUGAAUUCGAUCAUUGCCGCAAGCGCCCUCGCUGCGGACCUCUUACCUGACUUGCCGGCACCUAGCGUCACAGAACUUGGCAUUAGCGUCGCUGCCAUGAACCUCUUGGGAUGCUGGUUUGGUGCUAUGCCUGUAUGUCACGGAGCUGGAGGGCUCGCAGCGCAGUACCGGUUUGGCGCACGGAGUGGUGCCAGCAUUAUUUUGUUAGGCUUAUUCAAAAUGCUCCUAGGAAUUUUAUUCGGCGAGUCGCUAUUAGACUUGCUGAAGGCGUUCCCGAAGACCUUGCUGGGUAUUAUGGUCAUCGCGGCCGGCUUAGAGUUGGCUAAGGUGGGCCAGAGUCUCAACUAUGGUGCACCGGACUUGUGGGAAGAGUCGGUUGACCAACCUCAACGUCUGCAUAGAAAACAUCGAGACAUUUCGGAUCAGGAAAGGUUGGAGAGAUGGACUGUUAUGCUCAUGACUACGGCUGGUAUCUUAGCUUUUAAGAAUGACGCUGUUGGGUUUGUGGCUGGAUUGCUCUGCUAUUGGGCGUACAAGUUUGCGGAUUGGGUAGAGAAGAAACGAAGUCACAGGUCGAGUGAGAGGACACCCUUGCUACACACUUGAGUAUUGUGUAUAUCGAGAUUACACGUGUGUUCAUUUGGCUUCAUUUAGUGAGGUCACGGAUUAUGAUAGUAUAUGAUAAUAUAUCUGAUAUGGGAACUCUUUAUUGAGGUAUAAUUAUUCCAAAA